CGCAGAGAGUGGGAAGCAUGAACGAACAGGAUCUAGGGAAGGAGGCGGAACUUAAACGAGGCCCACAGCUCAGCUAUACAGUAGAUCAUGUACAAAUGCCGUUAAUAUCUCAAUAGACAAUUUUCUGUUAGGCUACUACGAGAGAUAAUUGAGUGCGCGCGAUUACCGGAGAGCUUAUACAGAGAAGAGACCUAGGAGUCAAGAAACAGAAGAGGAAAGUAUCGAGAUAAGGUAGAUGUGUAAAAUGUCUCAUUAAUCGCGGAAUUCAUUCGAAACCAGCGUGGCACUCGACUCARCUGAUACAGUAUCUGAGGGAGCUGACUGAGAGGACCACACCCAGUGUACACACACCACACGAGCCAAACAGACUUCUGGGAUAACUGCUGACUAGAGUAUGGAGCCGGCCCAAUCAGAGAUGAGCAUCUUGGGAUGCUCGCCCAAUGGGAAAGGUCACAACCUAGGAGAUGACAAGUAUGUGCCUAUGAAGACCAUGCCAGAGGAAUUAGACACAAAUGGUACUCAAAAUGCCAGGUUUGAUGAUCCUGAUGGCAUCCUGGAGAGUGAGGAGUUUUUGCCCAACGAAGAUGGGAAGAAGCCCAUGCGCUUCACAGAUUUUGAGGGAAAGACGUCUUUCGGCAUGUCUGUGUUCAACCUGGGGAAUGCUAUCAUGGGCAGUGGAAUCCUGGGACUGGCUUAUGCCAUGGCCAACACUGGCAUCCUCCUCUUCCUGUUUCUUCUGACUGCUGUGGCGGUCCUCUCCUGCUAUUCCAUUCACCUGCUGCUCAAAUCCUCUGGCAUUGUGGGAAUCCGAGCCUAUGAACAGCUUGGCUACAGGGCCUUUGGCACCCCGGGCAAGAUGGCCGCUGGUAUCGCCAUCACACUGCAGAACAUCGGAGCCAUGUCCAGCUACCUGUACAUCGUCAAGUCUGAGUUCCCAUUGGUCAUCCAGUCCUUCAGUAGAGCGGACCCCACGGCUGAUUUGUGGUACUUGAAUGGGAACUACUUGGUGGUCAUGGUCUCUAUUGGCAUCAUCCUACCAUUGGCCCUGAUGAAGCAGCUCGGCUACCUGGGCUACACCAGUGGUUUCUCCCUUAGCUGCAUGGUCUUCUUCCUCAGUGCGGUGAUCUAUAAGAAGUUUCAGAUCCCCUGUCCCUUCGAGGAGUUCUCGGCAGCCAAUCACACAGUGUCUCACCUCGACAUUCACCUAAACAUCACUGACAACCACGCUACCCAUGAUAAUGGUCUGGUACAUGAGAUGGAUGACUCCCACUGCGGUGCCCGUAUGUUCACCAUGAACUCUCAGACAGCGUACACCAUCCCCAUCCUGGCCUUUGCCUUUGUGUGUCAUCCUGAGGUUCUGCCUAUCUACACUGAGCUCCGCAACCCUACUCAGAAGAGGAUGCAGCACGUCUCCAACCUCUCGAUCCUUGUGAUGUACACCAUGUACUUCCUGGCUGCUCUCUUUGGCUACCUGACCUUUUACGGUAAGACUGAGACAGAGCUGCUGCACACAUACAGCAGGAUCGACCCUUAUGACACGCUGAUCCUGUGCGUGCGAUUGGCUGUCCUCACCGCUGUCACACUGACCGUCCCCAUUGUGCUCUUCCCAGUGCGGAGGGCUCUGGAUCAGAUGUUCUUCGCCAGUAAGUCGUUUAACUGGCUUCGCCACGUGGCCAUCGCCGUCAUCCUACUCUCCUUCAUCAACAUGUUGGUCAUCUUCGCCCCCAACAUCCUGGGAAUCUUCGGCAUUAUCGGUGCCACAUCUGCCCCCUGUCUGAUCUUCAUCUUCCCUGCUAUCUUCUACAUCCGCAUUGUGCCUAAGGAGCAGGAACCCAUGCACUCCAUCCCCAAGAUACUGGCCGCCUGUUUCGCUGGUCUGGGGGUCGCCUUCAUGAUCAUGAGUUUGAGCUUCAUCAUCAUUGAUUGGACAACGGGGAGCAGCAACUCUGGCGGUGGCCACUAGAGGCCGCCCUCCGCACUGUGCAGGCCGGGGUCGGRAAAGGGCUGGCAGGGGCUUUGAGGGGAUGCCUGUGUGUGUUUUUAGAACUGUUUCAUGUAAUUGAUGCACUAUCCCCUCUGUGGUAGCGUAAGGGUUAAAGGUUAAGGGACAAAGAUGACUGGGGUAGGGAGGGGGAGACAGAAUCAACCUGCUGGGCAAAACCAUGCUGAGCAUUUCAGUCUUCUUGAGACUCCGACAAAACAGUCUGUACUACUGUAACGCAGUAUGUAGCCCCGCACAGAGGAGUGCUUUUAUAUGAAUCAUCAGCACUAGACAUGGUCUUUUUAAAAUCAUGAUAACAUGUAUUAUUUAUGAGUGGGAUAGUGCAUCCAAGUCAAUCCAUAAUGGAGAAUCSUGAAGAAACUCACGAUGGCUUCCCUUCCUUUCCCCCCUCCCUUCAUCCAUCCAUCCUCCCAUCCUUAUUUAUCUCUUUUCCAUCCGCCCGUUUCUUUCCCUCCGACGCCUUAAUUCAUGUCAACUGCAGCUAGUACUGUACAGAAGAAGCACAGAUGGAGAUAUGGUUGAAUCGCUAUGUAAAGGAAGGGAAGGAAAGCACAUGACUGUACAUUAUAUGUAAUUUGGCAUCUUUGUAUGAGAUAAUCUGACAUUUUGUCAAUAGAAGAAAUAGCUACAUCUAUAGAUUAGGUGAGUGCUGUAAAACAGAGUCUGUGGCUGUCUUGGUAUCCUGUCUAUCACUUUGUGCCAGUAGCACUCAACUUAACCAUCGAAGGGUAGUAGGCUUUUCCAAAUAUUCUAUUGGCACGAGCACACAAAGAUACAGUAUAUUUUCCCAUGUUUUCGCACAAGAGUGCAUUUAGCCUGAGCUGUUCUAUGUGCCAAAGCUAAGGUUGAAUGUGGUUUGUGGUUGUUGGGCUUAUUAGUGCAGGCUGAUGUCCCAUGAUGCAUUAUGGUGUUUAACUCUUGCUGUAUCCCUGGUACAUACAGUACACUCAGAUAAUGGAGGAGUGGCGUUCAACCAACCACACACAUAGUCUUUUCGUUGAAACAGUAAUGUAUAUUUAUUUAACUAGCUAUAUCCAUGUUUUUUAAUUUCACAAGUGAGCUAAUGGACCUCAGAACAAAGUAUUUAACUAUAUGAUCAGGUAUCUUGAUAGACCUUAUAGAUGGUAUGCGCAGUCUAUAUUCUGUGAUUUUGCAUAUUGGAGGGUUUAGGUGACAGUUGAAUGUGUAGGAGGUGAGCUAUAGGGCACUGAGCUGAUUAAGAGAAAAAAACACAUAGAGCCUUUUACAUUCAUGUUAGUUAGAUGAUCAACUGACAUCCUAGAUACAGAAUUGACUGAUUUUAUGAUCAAUUGUGUUUUAACUUAAGAUCAACAACUUAAACUUGCCUCUUUAACACGAAUAGCUCAUAUUUCACUCGUACUUAUAUUUCUACAAUUAAUUUGUAAACCCUUGUUUAAAUUCAGUACAGUUCAAGUGAACCCUUUCAGUUACUACGAAUGGUUAAGCUUACUGUUUUUGGCACGACAAAAUAUGGAGGAAACGUGUUUUAGUUAUGUGUUGGUUGUGACAUACGGUCCGUCCAUGUUGUUGAACUACUCUUUAUUGUAUUUUAAUAUCUAUUUUCCACUUGUUUUGUGAUUGAUCUUGUGGUUGAACUUUUAGUGAAGGAAAGCUGAUGUGUCACCUGUCCAGUCUGUCUGGUGAUUGGCUGAUUAAUUCAUUAAUUUACCAUAAGUACUGUGAUAUUCAGUCCAUAAUACGUUGAUGUUUGAGCUCUAUUUCCAAAACGUAUCUGGUCUCUAACAGUGAGGUCUUGUGAUCAAGUACAGUUUGACAAUUAAGUGAAUUGUGAUUGUUAGAUUUAGUCUGAUUCGAUAGCCCGAUGCCCCUUAAGGCUUCUCAAUUGUGUAGUGGAACAUUCAACACUGUGACAUCGUAUCUCUCAAAAAAACCUAAAUAGCAUUGUAAUAACAUUGUUACUAAUAUAUUUUGGCAAGUCCUACGUAUGUAUGUAAGACAAUUGUUCCUUUUUUAUUUUAUUCUAAAACACUGCAGCCGGUGUUGCUUUCUCUUGUGUACAUUAAUUGAUUUUUAAUUAAUAAUCAAUAGAAUGUUGUUGAGCUGUUUCUUUUACUCAUCAACAGCUAAAAGGUUAUUGCAUGUAUCUGACUCAACCCUAUAUUUCUCCUGGUCUUGCUGAGGCAGAAGUUGUGGUAAAAAGGAAUGACUGGUCAAGACCAGUCAAGGAGGCAACAGCUUGCCAUAGACUGAGAUUAGGCCUCUUCUGUCUGGGAUUGUGUCUAUAUAUCUAGCUACUACCUAAAUGUUUCUCUCAGAGGCCUUGCUCUUCAACUUUAGAGCUUUGCUACCACUAUUAUAAUGUCAGAGGCAACAUUCUCAACAUUUUKCCUCUUUCUCUUGUACCCAAACCAAACUAUGCCAGCCAGUUAACCUGUUGUUAUAGCUCUUGUUUUACCUUUGCAAUUUAUUUCUAAGGAAAUUAAAGGACUAUGAGUGAAUAACAAGUUAUAUAUGAAUUUUGGGCUUAUAAAGUGGCUUAUAUAAAUAAUGUAUAUAAAUGUAAACCCUUUAUAUUCUUGAUGCAUAUCUAGCUUGUAUAGUGUAAAUAGCUGGGACAGUUUUAGUCUGACAAUUAAAAAACAAAUGUAGAAGUUUUUA